GAGAGCGAACUGUUGUCAGAGACAGCAGACACAUGGCAAAGAAAUUCUGGGAUCCUUAAAAUCUUUUACCUGUAGAAGUUCCAUGUGGAAGUCCAUAUGCUGAGGCUGUGCGUCGUGUUCAUCUACCUCUUGUAUGGGGCGAAAACAGAUCCCGGGGAGACAUGCCCUGCAUUCACAGCUCUCAACAUUGGCAAUGCUUUGAUAGGGACAGACCUGAAAGUGAAGCUGCUGCUCUACACCAGACAGAACCCAAACUGUGCUGAAAAGCUCAAUUCAACAGCCUCCAAGUAUCUAGAUGUGACCAAGAAAACCAGCUUCAUCAUCCAUGGAUACCGACUCACAGGCUCUACCCCGAUCUGGAUCCCUGACUUGGUACACCUUCUGCUUUCUGUAGAAGACAUGAACGUCAUCCUUGUGGACUGGAACCAGGGGGCAACAACUCUCAUCUACAGUAGUGCUUCCAGAAACUGUAAGAAAGUUGCUGAGAUUCUGAAGAAACUUAUUGAUGAAAUGCUGAUUGAUGGAGCGUCGCUUGACUCCUUGCACAUGAUAGGAGUGAGCCUGGGAGCACAUAUCUCUGGCUUCGUGGGACAGAUGUUUGAUGGUACACUUGGAAGAAUCACAGGCCUUGACCCAGCGGGCCCCUUGUACAGAGGAAAGCCGCCCAGCGAGAGGCUGGAUCCUACAGACGCACAGUUUGUCGACGUCAUUCAUUCGGACACCGACGGGCUAGGUUACGCAGAAGCACUAGGCCACAUAGACUUCUACCCCAAUGGCGGAACCGACCAGCCUGGCUGUCCACUGACAAUAUUUUCUGGAUUGCAGUAUUUUAAAUGUGACCACCAGAGGUCUGUUUUCCUGUUCAUGUCAUCCCUGAAACAGAGCUGCAAUAUUACUGCAUACCCGUGUGACUCCUACAGAAAUUACAGGAAUGGCAAAUGUACCAGCUGCGAAAGUUUCUGGCCUAUGCCAUGCCCCAUCCUAGGUUAUUAUGCCCAUAAGUGGAAAAGCUAUUUAACACAACAGAGCCAUCCAGUGACGAGUAUGUUUUUUGAUACAGCGGACAAAGAGCCAUUCUGCAUUUAUCACUACUUUGUGGAUAUUACUACCUGGAACAAAGACACCAGAAGAGGCACCUUCAGCAUCGUACUAGCUGAUGAAACUGGGAAGAAGGCAGAAUCUAAAGUUAAUCCAGAAGCUGCAGCCUUUCAGCGGUACAACCAAAUCACUUUGCUAAUUGGAUUUGACCAGGACUUUGAAAAUGUAAAAAGAAUUUCCUUGACAUUUUCCACGGGAUCUGUCAUUGGCCCAAAAUUCAAACUCAGGAUUCUCCAAAUGAGGUUUCGGUCACUUACAAAUCCAGAAAGGCCGCAGCUGUGCAGGUACGACCUCAUCCUGAAGGAGAACACCAAAAAAACCUUCAAGCCCAUCCCGUGUUGGAGAUGAGCCAAGACCCCAGCGCGUUGCUUCCGCAUGUAACGUCGGACAUUUGCACGGCCACAACCGGACUCACCUCAGAG